AUGUCAAUGUCUCUCAACAAUCUCGUGGGGACUCUCCCAUUAGUCCAAGAUGAGUUCAUCUGCUACUUAGUCCGAGGUCGGUUCAUCUGCUUCUUCUGCAAGUCCGCUUUUAAUUCACGCAGCCGCCUGGAAGAGCAUUUGAUUCGUUGUCUCUUGGGUACCUAUCGUCCAUGCGAACUGUGCAAUGAAUUUGCACCAAUUAUUGAGCGUUUCCGCCACGUGAUGAAUGUUCAUAAGCAAAAUAUGUAA